AUGACGCUCGCCCGCUUCGUGGUAGCUCUGGUUUUAGGGGCGCUCCCCGAAGUGGUCGGCUUUGAUCUAGUCCUCAGGUAUCCCCUCCACCACCGUUAUCGCCAUUCGCUCCCUCCGGGUCCCCCGCACCCUUACUACCUUCCCACCCAGCAGCGGCAACAGAGGACGCCUCCGUCGCCCUCUCUCCCGCGCGUCCCGCGCGUCCCGCGCCCCCCGCCCGCGCUCCAUGCCCAGCGCCUGCACGCCCUCCAUGCCGGGCGCACGCCCGGGCCGCACCCCGGGGACUGCCCGGCCGGCGAGCCCUGGGUCAACGUGACGGACUUCGGCGCCCCGUGUCUGCUCUGGGCAGAGGUGCCACCCUUCCUCGAACGGUCGCCCCCGGCGAGCUGGGCUCAGCUGCGAGGGCAGCGCCACAACUUCUGCCGGAGCCCGGACGGCGCGGGCAGACCCUGGUGCUUCUAUGGGAACGCCCACGGCAAGGUGGACUGGGGCUACUGCGACUGCAGACACGGGUCAGUACGACUUCGAGGUGGCAAAAAUGAGUUUGAAGGCACAGUGGAAAUCUAUGUGAAUGGAGUUUGGGGCACAGUGUGUAGCAGCCACUGGGAUGAUUCCGAUGCAUCAGUCAUUUGUCACCAGCUGCAGCAGGGAGGAAAAGGAGUAGCAAAACAAACCCCGUUUUCUGGACUGGGCCUUAUUCCCAUUUAUUGGAGCAAUGUCCGUUGCCGAGGAGAUGAAGAAAAUAUACUGCUUUGUGAAAAAGACAUCUGGCAGGGUGGGGUGUGUCCUCAGAAGAUGGCAGCUGCUGUCACAUGUAGCUUUUCCCAUGGCCCAGCGUUUCCUGUCAUACGCCUCGUGGGUGGGAGCAGCGCCCGGGAAGGCCGAGUGGAGCUCUACCAUGCUGGUCAGUGGGGGACUGUCUGUGAUGACCACUGGGAUGAAGCAGAUGCAGAAGUGAUCUGCAGGCAGCUGGGCCUGAGUGGCAUUGCCAAAGCAUGGAACCAGGCAUAUUUUGGGGAAGGCUCUGGUCCAAUAAUGUUGGAUGAGGUACGCUGUACUGGGAAUGAGCUUUCUAUUGAACAAUGUCCAAAGAGUUCCUGGGGAGAGCAUAACUGUGACCAUAAAGAAGAUGCUGGAGUGUCAUGUACCCCUCUGACAGAUGGGGUCAUCAGACUUGGAGGUGGUAAAGGCAGCCAUGAGGGUCGCCUGGAGGUGUAUUAUAGGGGACGGUGGGGGACUGUCUGCGAUGAUGGCUGGACUGAGCUGAAUACAUAUGUGGUUUGCCGACAACUGGGAUUUAAAUAUGGCAAACAAGCCUCUGCAAACCACUUUGAAGAAAGCACAGGGCCCAUAUGGUUGGAUGAUGUCAGCUGCUCCGGAAAGGAAACAAGUUUCACUCAGUGUUCCCGGAGGCAGUGGGGAAAGCAUGACUGCAGCCAUCGGGAAGAUGUUGGUAUCACCUGCUACCCUGGUGGCAAUGGACACAGACUAUCACUGGGUUUUCCUAUCAGACUGAUGGAUGGAGAAAAUAAGAAAGAAGGACGAGUGGAGGUUUUCAUCAAUGGCCAGUGGGGAACAAUUUGUGAUGAUGGGUGGACUGAUAAGGACGCAACUGUGAUUUGUCGCCAGCUUGGCUACAAGGGCCCUGCCAGAGCAAGAACCAUGGCUUACUUUGGGGAAGGGAAAGGCCCCAUCCAUGUGGAUAAUGUGAAGUGCACAGGAAAUGAGCGGUCCCUAGCUGACUGUAUCAAACAAGAUAUUGGAAGACAUAACUGCCGCCACAGUGAAGAUGCAGGGGUCAUUUGUGAUUAUUUUGGCAAGAAGGCAACAGGUAACAGUAAUAAAGAAUCCCUCUCAUCUGUUUGUGGUUUGAGAUUACUGCACCGUCGGCAGAAGCGGAUCAUUGGUGGGAAAAAUUCUUUAAGGGGUGGUUGGCCUUGGCAAGUGUCCCUCCGGCUUAAGUCAUCCCAUGGAGAUGGCAGGCUCCUUUGUGGGGCCACACUCUUGAGUAGCUGCUGGGUCCUUACAGCAGCACACUGCUUCAAGAGGUAUGGUAACAGUACAAGGAGCUAUGCUGUUCGGGUUGGGGAUUAUCAUACUCUGGUGCCAGAAGAGUUUGAAGAAGAAAUUGGAGUUCAGCAGAUUGUGAUUCAUCGGGAGUAUCGACCUGACAGCAGUGACUACGACAUCGCCCUGGUUAGAUUAGAAGGACCAGAAGAGCAGUGUGUCAGAUUUAGCAGCCAUGUUUUGCCGGCCUGUUUGCCACUCCGGAGAGAGAGGCCACAGAAAACCGCCUCCAAUUGUUACAUAACAGGAUGGGGAGACACGGGACGAGCCUAUUCAAGAACUCUACAACAAGCAGCCAUCCCCUUACUUCCCAAGAGGUUUUGUGAAGAACGUUACAAGGGUCGGUUUACAGGAAGGAUGCUUUGCGCUGGAAAUCUACAUGAACACAAACGUGUUGACAGCUGCCAGGGAGACAGCGGAGGACCACUCAUGUGUGUUCGGUCAGGAGAGAGUUGGGUUGUGUAUGGGGUGACCUCCUGGGGGUAUGGCUGUGGAGUCAAGGAUUCACCUGGUGUCUAUACCAAAGUCUCAGCCUUUGUACCUUGGAUAAAAAGCGUCACCAAAUUGUAG